AUGUUCACCAAGACAACUUUGCCCCCUCAUGCCACGGCCAGCGAAGUUGCCCUCUUCUCUGCACCGAACUUAGCCAAUAAUAGAAAACGCAAUAAUUUGUCAUUGAAGGAAAUCCAAUCCGACAACAUUUCAAAACUUGCUGAGAAGCAUUUCAAGAGCAAGUUCGAUUCAAAUGUUGUGGAAUCUAUUUAUCAAAACGAGUUGGAAGCAACAAAUUUCAAUACAUCAAAAAUUCUGUUACUAGAGUUUUAUAGAUAUUUGGAAGAGUAUCUUUGGCCGUUCUAUUCUGAAAAAUCUUCUACGAACCAUGUAAUUUCAAUUUGUUUGAUUGUGAAUGAAAAGGCUCGACAAAAUAUUCCACGCUGGGACGCUUUCGCAAACGAUCCUGAGAGAUUCUCUGCAUUCUUCAAGCGUGUUACUCACAUGAUACUAGAAAUGAAUGACAAUUCAUCGCGUUUUGUGUUGAAGCAGCUCUUGACUUUUAUGGUUUACUGUUUUGAGAGUUUUGAAAACGAUAUGGUGCGUGCCGAGUGUUUGAAGUUAGUAACCAUAGGCAUUUGGGAAUAUUUGGCUUAUGGAGAAGAACGAAGAACUGAACUCUUUCAGCAAUACCCUGCUUUGAGAAAAUUAUGGAAUUCAAAUAACAAAAAAAUAGCUAAUGCUGAUGAGGCAGGCAAAUUACAACUACAGUUCGAAAAAAGCUGGCUAAGCAACUUAUUGAAGAAAUAUGUUGAAUUGAUAUACAAGAUCCCCGCAAAUGGAGAAGUCAGCGAAGAAAUUAUUCAAUUAUGUGAGCGUUACUUGGAGCUAUUCAUCGGUUUAGAAGCUCAACUGCCUACUCGUCGAUUUUUCAACAUGCUAGUGGAAGACCACCAAAUCAUUGUUCUAACAGAAAUGGCUCCCUUUAUGCAGCGAGAUGACUCAAGACAGUUCGAAUUGUUAAAGAAACUUUUAUCCUCUUUGGCGUUCUAUGCUAAGUUUGAAAUAAAUGAUCAAACCGGCGUAGCUCUGACUGAAUUAGAAAUGACUGAAGCUCAUUGCCAACAAUUACUUCAAUUACAGCGUAUUGCUUUUCGCUUUUUCAGUGAAGAAUUGAAGGCCUUGUCUUUAUCGAACUUAGGGUCUAUUGAAACCCGCGAAGAUCUAUUGUGGCACCUAACACCACUUUCCGAAAGCACCUUAAGCCAGCUUUGUGAUCGACUUUUCCUUCGCCACACGCCAGUUUUUGAAGUUGAUGGUAUCAACUUUAAAGAUUAUAUGGUUAACCUGUUAAUUCACAAAUAUCAGAAGCGUAUUAGCCAGGUUCAGCAGAUUAAUCAGCAGCCUUUAUAUCCAGAUGAGAAGACUUUAUUUGACAAGCAUCUUGUUCAAACUCAACUGUACUCCGGAGAGCGACCUUUAGCUUUGCCCAAGCUGAAUUUACAAUUUCUGACUUUAUACGAUUAUCUGUGGAGAAACUUCACGCUGUUCAGAUUGGAAAGUUCUUACGAAAUUAGACAGGAUAUUGAAGAUGUUGUAAAACGGUUAGCGCCUAGACUGGUUUAUUCAGAGCGCACUAAAACUGAAUUUGCUGGUUGGGCAAGGAUGGCUGUACCAAUCGAAGACUUCAACAUUGUCGAUAUCGGAGAAGCUAAUCUUGGAGAAGAUAGCCCUUCUACAGUCCGGGCUGAUGUUGGCUUUGAUAUUGGUCAAUUUAGUAGCACAAUACGCAAUGAAUGGGAUGGCUUACGAAAGCAUGAUGUUCUCUUUCUAUUAGCGAUUGAAGCCAAAGAAAACUCUUCUGAAGCUUUAAAAGAUGAUGAAGAGUUUAAGGAGCAUUACGGUAUCAAGUACAUACGUGGUUGUGAGGUCAUAGAUAUUGUUGGAAGUGAUGGCCGACCAGUAGAAGAGUUCAAGCUUUCUAAUCCCGCAGAUAAAAUGGAACGCUUCAAAGGGACUCGUCGCACUCUACGUGUUGAGCUAGACUCUAAUCAGUUUAAGAUUGAUAUGGAUAAUGUCAAUCAUAAGCACUCAGAAAACGUAUAUCAAACUUUCAACAUUCUUGUACGCAGAAAAUCCAGAGAAAACAAUUUCAAAUCAGUCUUGGAAACCAUUCGCGAUUUAAUGAACAGCGAAGUUGUAGUACCUGAUUGGCUUCAUCGUGUGCUGUUAGGCUAUGGUGACCCUGCUAGCGCCCACUAUACCAAGAUACACAAUCGCGAACACUCCAUUUCAUUCCAUGAUACGUUCAAAGAUUGGCAUCACUUUAAGUCAUGUUUUCUUGACAAUAAUGCGAACAGACAAUACGAUUUAGUUAGCGGAGCACAAGAACCUUUAGCUCCACCUUAUAGAAUCACUUUGAGCGAUGAUAUGAUGGAUGUAGACAACAAAGAACAGCCAACUACCAAUAAAAAGUCCAAGAAAGCGAAGAAGCCUGCAGCUACAUCAACUAUAGAGCACUUUGAAGUUGCGACUGAUUUCGUGCCCAAUCGCGGCCCUUAUUUAGAAGAUCAAAUAAAACAAAACACGACUGUACGCUUCACACCAGCUCAAUCCGAAGCUAUUUAUGCCGGUAUGAACCAUGGCUUAACAUUGGUUGUAGGUCCUCCCGGAACAGGUAAAACCGAUGUAGCCGUGCAAACAAUGGCUAACCUUUACCGCAGCCAUCCUGACCAACAUACAUUAAUCGUCACCCACAGUAACCAGGCUCUCAACCAGAUCUUUGAAAAACUAUUAACAUUGGACGUUGAUCCUCGCCAUUGUGUACGAUUAGGUCAUGGUGAAGAAGAAAUGAAAACAGAAAUGAGCUUCAAUAAGUACGGACGAGUAGCUGCAGCUUUAGAACGUCGUGUGGAAUUGCUUAAGGAAGUAGACCGCUUAGCGCAAUCAAUGCAUAUAUUGGGCGAGCAUGGGUCUACUUGUGAAACAGCGCAUUACUUCUAUAACGCGCAUGUUUCUUCUCAAUGGCAGAUGCUCGUAAAUAAUAUAGAAGGAUUCAAUACUGUUGAGCAGAUACGCGACAACUUUCCUUUUGCAGAGUUUUUCGCAAAUGCCCCACAACCUGUUUUUACUACAAAUAUGACUGUCGAUGAAGCUCGGGAAAUUGCUAAUGGUUGCUUCAGGCACCUUCAAAAACUGUUUGAUGAACUGGAUGAUAUUCGUCCUUUUGAGCUUCUAAGAUCCGGCAAUGAUCGUGCUAAUUACCUACUCACUAAAGAAUGCAAGAUAGUUGCGAUGACUUGUACUCACGCUGCCAUGAAACGGCGUGAACUUGUUGAUUUGAACUUUAAGUACGAUAACAUCAUCAUUGAAGAAGCUGCUCAGAUUUUGGAAAUAGAAACCUUUAUACCAUUAUUAUUGCAAGAGCCCGAUAAAGAUGAAAACCAAAGACCAAAUUCACGUUUAAAGAGAGUUAUGCUAAUUGGCGAUCACCACCAAUUACCUCCAGUUGUUCGAAACACCGCUUUUCAACAAUAUGGUAAUAUGGAACAAAGUAUGUUUACAAGAUUUGUAAGAUUAGGUGUACCUAUUUUACAAUUGGAUCAACAAGGUCGUGCUCGCCCUUCUAUAGCCAAGUUGUUCAAUUGGCGUUAUGAUAAUUUACAAGAUUUAGAAAAAGUUAAAACACAGGAAGCGUAUCAGAUGGCCAAUCCAGGCUUCCAAUUCGAUUUCCAAAUGAUUCAUGUGGACAAAUAUCAAAAUCAGGGCGAAACAGAGCCUGUACCUUAUUUUUAUCAAAAUCUGGGUGAAGCAGAAUAUAUCGUCGCUGUAUACCAAUAUAUGCGAUUAAUAGGUUAUCCCGCCGAGUCAAUUUCAAUUUUAACAACGUAUAAUGGACAGAAGGCGCUGAUCCAAGAUGUAUUGGAAAGAAGAUGUGGUUGGAAUCCAUACUUUGGGAAUCCAGCUGUCAUCGAGACCGUUGAUAGAUAUCAAGGACAACAAAAUGAUUAUGUCUUACUUUCACUGGUCAGGACGAAAACUGUCGGUUAUAUUAGAGACGUGCGUCGCUUAAUAGUUGCUAUGUCUCGUGCCCGAUUCGGUAUUUAUGUUUUCUGUAACAAGCAAUUGUUCCAAAAUUGUCAUGAGCUGGAGCCUGUGUUUAAGCAGUUUAACCAAAGACCAGAUACUCUACACUUGGUAAAAAAUGAAUCUUAUCCUGUUACAAAGAAGUCUGGACGUAAAUUGGACGAUAAGGUACCCACCGAAAUUUCGAUGGAUAUUAAGAACGUAGAAGAUCUCGGUCAACUGGUAUACAAACUUAGUCAGGAACAGUUUGGGACCAUGCGACAGGUAGAAUUACAAAGUGCGAAACAAAUGGAAGAAGAAAGUACUAUGUGA